GACACUUUCAAGAUCUAUUUUUUUUUUUUCAGGUCUAACCUUUUUCCUUUGCAGACUCUACAAACCCUAACCCUAGAAAUCUCAUCUUCUUCGCUCGUCGAGUUCUCACAGAAAAUGGGAGAAACAAGAGACAACGAUGCCUACGAGGAAGAGCUUCUCGACUACGAAGAAGAAGAAGAAAAAGCUCCCGACUCUGCUACAGGCAAAGUCAAUGGCGAAGCCGCCAAGAAGGGAUAUGUCGGAAUACACAGCUCAGGAUUCAGGGAUUUCCUUUUGAAGCCAGAACUUCUUCGUGCUAUUGUGGACUCUGGUUUUGAGCAUCCUUCUGAAGUGCAACAUGAGUGCAUUCCUCAAGCUAUACUGGGCAUGGAUGUCAUUUGCCAAGCUAAAUCUGGGAUGGGUAAGACUGCAGUUUUUGUUCUCUCAACGCUGCAGCAAAUCGAUCCUACUCCAGGGCAAGUUGUUGCACUUGUUUUGUGUCAUACGAGGGAGUUGGCUUACCAGAUCUGUCAUGAGUUUGAGAGGUUCAGUACUUACCUGCCUGAUAUAAAGGUUGCUGUCUUCUAUGGUGGUGUGAAUAUCAAAAUUCACAAAGAUCUACUGAAAAAUGAGUGUCCUCAUAUUGUUGUUGGGACACCUGGAAGAAUUUUGGCUCUUGCCAGAGACAAGGACCUUUCGUUGAAGAACGUUAGGCACUUCAUUCUUGACGAAUGUGAUAAGAUGCUUGAAUCACUUGACAUGAGGAGGGAUGUCCAAGAGAUCUUCAAGAUGACUCCUCAUGACAAGCAAGUUAUGAUGUUUUCAGCUACCCUGAGCAAGGAAAUCCGUCCGGUGUGCAAGAAAUUUAUGCAAGAUCCAAUGGAAAUUUAUGUUGACGACGAGGCCAAGUUAACCCUUCAUGGGUUGGUACAGCACUACAUCAAAUUGAGCGAGAUGGAGAAAAAUCGGAAGUUGAAUGACCUUCUUGACGCAUUGGACUUCAACCAAGUUGUUAUUUUCGUCAAAAGUGUGAACCGGGCAGCUGAGUUGAACAAGUUACUUGUGGAGUGCAAUUUUCCUUCUAUAUGCAUACAUUCUGGCAUGUCCCAGGAAGAGAGGUUGACACGCUACAAGGGGUUCAAGGAAGGGCAUAAAAGAAUUCUUGUAGCCACAGACUUGGUUGGCAGGGGAAUUGACAUUGAGCGUGUUAACAUUGUUAUCAAUUAUGAUAUGCCUGAUUCUGCAGACACUUACCUGCACAGGGUUGGUAGGGCUGGGAGGUUCGGCACCAAGGGUCUUGCAAUUACAUUCGUUUCAUCUGCUUCAGAUUCUGAUGUUCUGAAUCAGGUCCAGGAGAGGUUUGAGGUGGAUAUAAAGGAGCUUCCUGAGCAGAUUGAUACGUCAACAUAUAUGCCAUCAUAAUGGAGAGGUUCAUGCAUCGGUCGAAUUGGCAGAGUCGUUAGUAUAAUUAUAAAUGCUGCUGUCAUUUUGUGUAUUUUUGCUUAAAACUAAUGUGGAAUGGUUAAAGUAGAUGGUUCCGGAGGAGGCAGAUGUCCUUGUGGUUUACACAACUGCUUAUGAAUUAUUGUAGCUUUAAAGUAAUAUCGGGAUUUGAUUUAAUUAACCAAUGGAUGGAAAUUCUUAGUAUGCUCCUUAAGUUGGUUGGGGAAUUUUCCCUUUUGGGGCAUCGUUUCUUUUUAGCUACUUAUAUAGAGUUCCUUAUGAUUAUAUAUAUGUGAUAUUGAUUUGCUGUGUAACUCCUUAUAUCUGAUUUGCUGGUAUGUCCAUUUAUUUAGUGGA